GCUGUGUUAGCUCUCGUUAAUCUCGAGGGUUAACAAACGACUCCUUCUCCCUUCACGCGCAGAAUUCAUUUCUCGGGUCGCGUCGCGUCGCGCCACACCUCGUCUCCACUUGACGCGACGCAACAAAAGUAGCUAAAACACUCCACAAAAGCCGCCCGCGCGCUCGCGGUUUAAAAGCGGCGGCGUCGAUUCCGAAGCGAGCGUUGCGGUUUUGUCGCGUCGCGUCUGCUUAAUAUCGUCUCUCGUCAAGUGCGCGAUCCAGUCAGUCACUCCUCCUACAAACAACCCACGGAGAGAUCAAACCCGCCCGUGUCUAACGCGUGGAUCGCGCAGACGACCGCUGGACGCCCCGGCGGUGCCGCUUCUCAGCGCGGCGUUAUAUAUCGCGAGCUUUAUCGACAGAACAGUUCAUUUGCCGUUUUGUGCAAUGCUCACAAUCAUGCGCGUUUCUGGAGAAAUAAGAAGUGUCGGCGCGUGAUUUAGGCUGUGCUCCGGAUGACAGCAUGGCUAAACGAAGCACACUGUUCAUCAGGAUCGUGGAAGGAAAGAACCUGCCAAUCAAGGACAUAACUGGAAGCAGUGAUCCAUACUGCAUCGUGAAAAUUGAUAAUGAGGCAAUAAUUCGGACAGCAACAAUAUGGAAGACAUUGUCUCCGUUUUGGGGUGAAGAAUACACCGUCCAUCUUCCUCCUUACUUUCGAACCGUGUCUUUUUAUGUCCUGGAUGAGGACUCUCUCAGCCGAGAUGAUGUUAUUGGGAAGGUGUCAAUCAGUAAGGAGCUUCUCACUGCUAAACCUCAAGGUGUAGAUGGAUGGAUGAAUCUAACAGAGAUUGACCCUGAUGAGGAGGUGCAAGGAGAGAUUCACCUCCAGAUUUCGGUGCUGGGAGAUGGGGAUAUUCCACGAAAACUGUGCUGCCAAGUCCUAGAGGCAAGAGAUCUUGCCAAAAAGGAUCGCAAUGGGGCUUCCGAUCCUUUUGUCAGAGUGAGAUACAAUGGCAAAACGUAUGAGAGCUCGGUGGUUAAGAAGUCCUGUUACCCGCGGUGGAACGAGAGCUUUGAGUUUGAGCUGGACGAGACGCUGGCUGACCCUGGGCUUUUGAGCGUGGAGGUGUGGGACUGGGAUCUGGUCAGCAGAAACGACUUUCUGGGAAAGGUCCUGUUCAACAUCAACAAGCUUCAAUCUGCCCAGCAAGAGGAGGGCUGGUUUCGCUUGGGGCCUGACAAAUCCAAACACAGUGAAUAUGAAGGGACUCUGGGCUCUCUUCGUCUGCAGCUACGGCUUCGGGACGAGGUUGUGUUGCCAUCCAGCCAUUACAAGCCACUCACAGAGCUACUCAGCCAGUCGGUCGGCUCUCAGCUCAACGGCAACUGGCCUGAUUUCAUCAUGCUGAUUGAUGAGACCACUACAGCAGAGAGCAGACAGGAAGUAGCUAAUAAUCUAGUCAAGCUGUUUUUGGGUCAAGGGCUUGUCAAGGAGUUCUUGGACGUUCUGUUCAAACUGGAGCUGGAAAAGACUACUGAGCCCAACACACUUUUCCGCAGUAAUUCAUUAGCCUCCAAGUCUAUGGAAUCUUUUUUGAAGGUGGCUGGGAUGCAAUAUCUGCACAGGCUUCUGGGCCCGAUAAUAAAUCGAAUCUUUGAAGAAAAGAAAUAUGUAGAACUGGACCCUAGUAAAGUAGAACUGAAAGAAGCAGGGUGUGCAGGUUUGCACCGUCAGCAGACUGAGUCUGAUAUUAUUCAGCAGAGCUCCAGCCUCCUGCAGUCGUACCUGUCUGAGCUUCUCACCUCCAUCCUGCAGUCGGCCUCAUACUGCCCCCUGCUCAUCUGCCAGGUUUUCCAUCAACUCUACCUCAGAGUUCAGGAGCGCUUCCCUAACCCAGAGUACCGGAAGGUGAAGUUCAUUGCUGUGACCAGCUUCCUGUGCCUGCGCUUCAUCUCACCCGCCAUCAUGUCUCCAAAACUAUUUCACCUUCGAGAGAAGCACGCUGAUGCCCGUACGAGCCGCACGCUUCUGCUACUUGCCAAAGCCGUGCAGACCAUCGGGAAUAUGGACACUCUUGCAUGCUGCUCUAAAGAGCCAUGGAUGGUGUGCUUGCAGCCAGCCAUACAGCAGGGCAUCACUCAACUCAAAGACUUCAUCACUAAACUGGUCAACUGCCAUGAGUCAGAGGAUCUUGAGCUUCAGACACGAAUGAGUCUGCAGUGUGGCACUAUGGAGAAAGAAGGCUUCCUCUUCCUGCACAGGACCAAGGACAAGUGCAUGCCCAUGACAUCACCCUUUAAGAAGUACUAUGUCACGCUCAGUAAAGACACUCUGUCAUACUCACGAACACAGCACUCCAAAAAGAGCUCGUUUAUUUCGCUGCCAAAGAUCCGGGCAGUAGAGAAAGUGGAGGAGAAGUGCUUCGGCAGUGCCAACGUCAUGCAGAUCAUCUCAAGUGAAGACUCCGGCCUGCAGGAGACCCUGUACCUCGACUGCAAAAGCGUAAAUGAGUUGAAUCACUGGCUGUCAGCUCUGAGGAAAGCCUGCAGUCACAACAUAAACACUAUGAGCUGCUAUCAUCCUGGCAUCUAUAAAGCAGACAGAUGGAGCUGCUGCCAUCAGAAGGAGAAAUCAGACCCAGGCUGUGAUAAAACCAGACACGGAGUGACUCUGCAGGAGUGGUAUGACCCACUGGACCCGGAUCUGGAGGCUCAGCUCAUCUACCAACAUCUGCGUGGUGUCCAGCAUGCCAUGCGAGAUAAGUAUUAUAAAUUGAUAGAGCAGCAAGGAGUUAAGGAGGCAGAUUCAGGAAGAGACAAGAAGAAGGCAGACGUGCUAUCAAAGCUCUUCAGUAUUCUCCAGGACCUACGUGACGCCCAUGCCGCAGUGGAGGAGGAGGAAAGAUCAAAGAAUAAAAAUGUUUUCUUGGAACUGCAAACGUAAACAAGGACUUUUUAACCGGUUGCGUUUCAUACACGGUAAUCCAGAGUGUUACUCAUACGCAGGCUUCAAACCCGCUAUUAUUUGACGCAUAGACGAGAGAUGAAACACUGUACAGGAAGUUAGAUUUGUUCUUGUGUACUUGAACUUUUAAACCGAUUCUCAGUGGACGGAUAGAUGAGCUGCAAUCACAAUCCCUUUAUUAAAGGAGAGUCGUGGUGUAUUUGUGGAAUAUUUGGUAUCGAGGACAGCGUCACCUUACUGCAGUGAUUCACGUGGGUCGUCCUGUUGGCAUUUUUGCAGCUUUUGCAUACAUUCAGUUUUCACUUUAACUUUUUCGACAUGUUAACCAAUCAGCAUUCUUCCUUCUUCAAUGUGCUUUUGACUUUACGAAGCACCGUGGAUAUGCACGUCAGCUCUUCCACCGUGUGGUUUCUCUUUAAAUCAGUUUUAACAGAAUGUUUAUAUCGAUUUUAUGCUAUAUAGAUGCUUGUUUGCAAUUUAUUUUGUAAUCCUCUAUGUUGAUGGCAAGAGGAGAAUUGGUUUAUUCUUGUUUUAAAUGCCAUGCAAAGCUGCCAUCCCUGCUGUCUCAAUGCCUUGUCUUUAUGUGUCACGCUUUGUUUUUAUGUCUUUUUAUGAUAUGAGCUGUAAACAUGUAUGCAUUGUGCAUUUCACGAAA